AUGUCUAUACAAGUGGGUCAUCGAGUUGUCAUCCCAGGGGGAGGCGAAGCGUACGUCAGAUACGUGGGGAGGGUACGUAAUAAGAGUGGCACGUUUGCUGGUGUCGAACUUAUUGGGGAGAGCGUCAGUAAAGGCAAGAACUCUGGGGAUGUGGAUGGUGUUUUCUAUUUCAAGACCAAGAUUCCCAAGAGCGGUUUAUUUCUACCGUACCACAAGCUGGUGCAGGUGAAUACGUCUCCAUUGAAGCCUGUUUCUCAGGCGUCUGUGCUGAAUACUCCAAAUAAGGCUCCACAUGAUCUUGAUCAAAGGAUCAACGAGCUUACGGAGCAGAACAAGCUGUACAAGCAGCAGCUACAAGAACGAAAUCGAAUUUUGGAGGAGCUGCAAACGACAGUGGACACAUUUGAAGCCAUUCUCACCGAGAACCAGAAUGAGCUCAAGAUGAAAGACGCGAGAUUUGAGCGAUUUAAGACUAAUACGGAUACUCAGAUCAAGGAAUUGAUCGAGGCGGUGGAGACGCUAGAGCAGCAGGCAACAGAAAAUGAGGAGAUAUAUCUGCAACGCCUGCGCGAGUUAGAAACGAAAAAAGACAUACAGCCCGAAAGUGGUGACUAUGAGACGCUUAAGAGGAAAUACGAUGAGAUGGACACAAAGUAUCGAACGCUGGAGGCCGAACAGGUCACCCUAAGAGAGGAGAACGCAAAGGUGCGAAGGGAGCGUGACGAGGCAAGGGAAGAGGUUGAUAAGUUGAAGCAUGAGAAAGCAGAGACGGCCAAAGCCUUGGAGGAUCUGAGGAAGGCGUACGACGAGCUACAGAAGGGCCACGAGACGCUCAUGAGCGAGAAGUCGCAGUUUGUCUCGACCAAUGACUCGUCCAAAGAGAGAUACGAAAGGCUUGAAAGCGAGCUCAAUGAGCUGCAAGCCAAGUAUUCUCUCUUGAAAGAGCAGAGCGAGAAAAAAAGAAGCACUGUGUCCGAGCCGCUCGUCAAGGACGGGGAGCUGAUUGCCACGCCUGCAGUGCACAACGAUCCCGCGGCAGGGCGGGCCAAAUGGUGCGGGCUAUGCGAGCGCGAGGGCCACGAGAGUGUUGAAUGUCCGUACGAAACCGUCAUGUUCUAA